AUGGGGCGGCCUGAGGCGGCGGCCGUGGCCAUCCAGGCCUGGUGGCGGGGCACGCUGGUGCGCCGGACGCUGCUGCUGGCCGCGCUCAGCGCCUGCGUCAUCCAGCGCUGGUGGCGGCGGGCGCAGGCGGGCCGGCUGGCGGCGCGGCGCUGGGCAGCGCUGCGGGAGCACACGCUGCGGGAGGGCGCGGCCGUGCGGCUGCAGGCCUGGGUCCGCAUGUGGCGCGUCCGCCUGCGCUACAGCCGGCUGCUGCACGCCGCCCGCAUCAUCCAGCUGUACUGGCGCUGGCACAACUGCCAGACCCGCGGCGUCAUCCAGGGCAACUACGACAUCAAGGAGAACCAGCUGAACCUCCACCUCGAAAUCUCGCUGGGCUCACAGGUUUGCAAAAUACACCAGUCCACGCCUCUCCCAAUAAAGCAGACGCAGGACCUGUGA